CUGCAGGCAUUUCGUGCUCUGGAACAGAUUGAAGCAGACCUGGAUGCAGCUCGUAUUCAGACAGCUGCCCUGGCGGCGCUUAUUGCCCCGGCUACCAAGAUGUUCCAGUUUGAUGAAGGUGCCAGUGCAUUCGAACUGAGUAGCCCGGUCCUGUUGCAGCACCUCAGAAAUCAGGUACUAUUCAUUCUUGCGUGA